CAGACGAUAACAGGAAGGAAAUAAGAAAGCUUGAGCUUCACCCCAACAGAUGAGAGUUACUCUAGACAAGAGCUCUGGAGUCAGAGGAGCAAUGACUCUGCCGGGGGGAAAACAGAUUUUCUGUCUUUUAUGGGCCAUCAUUUUAUUAUCACAGUGGGUGCAUGGCCAGCACUGUAUCUGGUAUGGUGAAUGUGGAAACUCCACAGUGGAGGAGAAGAAGUUCAACUGCAAUUACACAGGCCCUCCUAAACCUUUACCUGAUGAAGGACUGGAACUGCUACAGGAGCUCUGUCCUGGGCUGGUCUAUGGGGACAACGAGGUUUGCUGUGACACGCAACAGCUCACGACUCUGAAGAGCAAUAUCCAGAUCCCCCUUCAGUACCUGUCCAGGUGUCCAGCAUGUUUCUUCAACUUCAUGACCCUGUUCUGCGAGCUCACCUGCAGCCCCAGACAGAGCCAGUUCGUCAAUGCCACACAGUUCUCUGCAGACCCGGAGCUAAACAAAACCAAUGUGCUUCAGGUGUCCUAUUACAUCAGCCAGACCUUUGCCAAUGCCAUGUAUGACGCCUGCAGUGACGUCCAGGCUCCCUCCACCAACAUCAAAGCCCUCGGUCUGCUGUGUGGGACAGACGCCAGCGAGUGCACUCCCCAGGGUUGGAUCAAGUACAUGUUCGACAUCAAGAACGGCCAAGUCCCCUUUGCUAUUGAGGCAGUUUUCUCAGAUGUACCCACCAUGAGCAUGACUCCCAUGAGCAACAGGACGUUUAACUGUACGCAGUCUCUGGAUGACGGCUCAGGGCCCUGCUCCUGUCAGGACUGCAGUAAAGCGUGCGGUCCCACACCCGUGCCUCCUCCGGUCCUUCCUCCCUGGACCAUCCUCGGCCUGGACGCCAUGACCCUCAUCAUGUGGUGCUCUUAUAUAGCCUUCCUCUUCAUCUUCUUUGGAGUCGUGCUGGGAGCGUGGUGUUACAGACGGAGGAUGGUCACAUCUGAAUAUGGCCCUAUUCUUGACAGCAACCAGGCCUACUCCGUGAACUCUGGUGGCACAGAUUUUGUAGAUGAAGCUACUUGCUGCGAGACGUUGGGCGAGCGUUUCGAGAACAUGCUGCGUGUUCUCUUCAGCAGCUGGGGCUCGCUGUGUGUCCGCCAGCCCUUGACUGUGAUCCUGGCCAGCAUGGUGCUGGUGUCCAUCUGCUCAGCAGGACUGUCCUACAUGCGCAUCACCACCAACCCGGUGGAGCUCUGGUCGUCUCCCAGCAGCAGGGCCAGGCAGGAGAAGGACUAUUUCGACCAGCACUUUGGACCAUUUUUCCGCACUGAGCAGCUCAUCAUCACCACCUCGUGGAAUAAUUCGGGCUCCUUUUCCCCCCAGACUGGACCAGAAAUCUACUUCUCCCCCAUGCUGAACAUAUCACUCCUCCAUCAGGUGUUGGAUCUCCAGACAGAAAUAACAAAUCUAAAAGCGGAGUAUAAAGGAGAGACCGUGACUCUACAAGACAUCUGUGUUUCUCCACUGGCUCCGUACAAUAACAACUGUACCAUCCUGAGUGUGUUAAACUACUACCAGAACAGCCAUGAAGUCCUGGAUCAUGUGAAUCGUGACGAAUUCCAAAUCUACUUUGACUACCACACUCAUUUUCUGUAUUGUGUCAGUUCUCCCACGGCCCUGGAUGACACAAGCCUCCUUCAUGACCCCUGCAUGGGUACAUAUGGAGGCCCAGUUUUCCCCUGGCUUGUUCUUGGUGGAUAUGAGGACAAUGCCUACAACAAUGCCACAGCUCUAGUGAUCACCUUUCCUGUCAACAACUACCUGAACGACACGGAAAAAUUAGGCAAAGCUUUGGCGUGGGAGAAAGUGUUUAUCGACUUUGUGAAGAACUAUAGGAACCCCAACCUGAUCAUCUCGUUCAGCUCGGAGCGCAGCAUCGAGGAUGAGAUCGACCGCGAGAGCAACAGUGAUGUCACCACCAUCGUGAUCAGCUACGUCAUCAUGUUUGUCUACAUCUCGCUGGCUCUGGGACACAUCAAUAGCUGCCGAUCCCUGCUGGUGGACUCCAAGAUCUCUCUGGGUAUCGCUGGUAUCCUGAUCGUGUUGAGUUCAGUGGCGUGUUCUCUGGGUAUCUUCAGCUACAUCGGCAUCCCCCUCACGCUCAUCGUCAUUGAGGUCAUUCCCUUCCUCGUGCUGGCCGUGGGUGUGGACAACAUCUUCAUCAUUGUGCAAACCUACCAGAGAGAUGAGCGAAUGCCGGAGGAAGAGCUUCAUCAUCAGAUUGGCCGUAUCCUCGGAGAUGUGGCUCCCAGCAUGUUCCUCUCUUCGUUCUCCGAGACAGUUGCUUUCUUUUUAGGUGCUCUGUCCACCAUGCCUGCGGUGAGGACGUUCUCUCUGUUCGCUGGUCUGGCCGUCUUCAUUGACUUCCUCCUGCAGAUCAGCUGCUUCGUGUCUCUGCUGGGCCUGGACAUCCAGAGACAAGAGGCAAAUCGGACAGAUAUAUUGUGCUGUGUGAAGUUGUCUGAUGGACCGCAAGCGAAAUCGGAAGGUUGUCUGUUCCGUUUCUUUAAGAAGAUAUACGCUCCUUUCAUUUUAAAGGAUUGGGUGCGCCCCCUGGUGGUUGCUGUGUUUGUGGGAAUGCUGUCAUUUAGUAUAGCCGUUGUUAAUAAAGUGGAGAUUGGACUUGAGCAGACGUUGUCCAUGCCUGAUGACUCCUAUAUGCUGGAUUACUUUAGGAAUCUGAGUGAGUACCUGCACACCGGGCCGCCCGUUUACUUCGUGGUAGAGGAUGGACAUGACUACAAAACAUCGGAGGGCCAGAACGCGGUGUGUGGCGGAGUCGGCUGCAACAGCGACUCUCUAGUCCAGCAAAUUUAUGCCGCUUCUCUCUUGGAGAACUACACUAAGAUCAGCAACGUCCCAUCGUCCUGGCUGGAUGACUACUUUGACUGGGUGAAGCCGCAGUCGUCCUGCUGCAGAUAUUAUAACGCAACAGGAGCUUUCUGCAAUGCUUCAGUGGUGGAUAAGAGCUGCGUUCACUGCAGACCUAUGACAACUAGUGGGAAACAGAGGCCUAAUGGUACCGAAUUCAUGCACUUCCUCCCCAUGUUUCUCUCGGACAACCCAAAUAUCAAGUGUGGAAAAGGCGGUCAUGCUGCGUACAGCACUGCUGUGGCUCUGAAAGAGAACGGCACUGACGUAGGCGCCACAUACUUCAUGAGCUAUCACACCAUCUUAAAAACAUCAGCUGACUACAUCGACGCCAUGAAGAUGGCGCGAGAGCUUACGGACAACAUCACGCAGGCCGUCACACCGCAUGACAGGAGUUACCGCGUCUUCCCUUACAGUAUAUUCUACGUCUUCUAUGAACAGUACCUCACCAUCGUCCACGACACUGCCUUUAACCUUGGUGUGUCACUGUUGGCCAUCUUUGUGGUGUCUACGGUGCUCUUGGGCUUCGAGCUGUGGUCGGCAGUGCUGGUGUCCUUAACCAUUGCCAUGAUCCUGGUCAACAUGUUCGGAGUCAUGUGGCUGUGGAGCAUCAGCCUCAACGCUGUCUCAUUGGUCAACCUUGUCAUGAGUUGUGGCAUAUCCGUGGAGUUCUGCAGUCAUAUAGUGAGGGCUUUCUCUGUCAGUACGAGGAGCUCGAGGGUGGAGCGGGCGGAGGAGGCGCUGGCACACAUGGGCAGCUCUGUGUUUAGCGGCAUCACCCUCACUAAAUUUGGUGGGAUCCUGAUUCUCGCCCUGUCCAAGUCCCAGAUCUUCCAGAUUUUCUACUUCCGCAUGUUUCUUGCAAUAGUCCUGCUAGGAGCCACUCACGGCCUCAUCUUCCUGCCGGUGUUACUCAGUUAUGCAGGCCCAUCUGUAAAUAAAGCAAAAGCAAUGGCUGCUCGCAACAGGGUAGUGGGUUCAGAGAGAGAGCGGCUCAUCUACUAGCGGCUCCGGGACUCUGCACGACAGCUUUACGUUUCCAUGUUACACGCAUAGCAACACACUUCGGCAGACUGAACUCAGGACUCUCCUCUGGGUGUACAGAAGCUUUCCCUUUCAACAUCCACCAAAUAAACCGAAACUGAAGGACAGAUGUGGAAGAUCCUUUCAGU